AUGACUCAGAGCAAUUUGGUGAGGCACGAUGCAACAGGAAAGAAGGUUGAGGUCUCUUUGAAAAGAAUGAAGAUUACGGUUCCACGCUUUGACAACUCGGGGCUUAUAGAAGAAUAUUCCAAGACUUUGAUUGGUCGGUGUAUGAACUCACCGAUGCAAGAUAUGAAGAUGCUUCUAUACAUGUUGCCACGAAUUUGGAAGGUGGAGGAGAGGGUAGCUGGUGCGGAUCUGGGACUUGGGAGAUUUCAGUUUGAUUUUGAAAGUGAAGAAAACAUUAAGGAGGUCAUGAAGAUGGAGCCUUUCCACUUCGACUACUGGAUGCUCUCGAUUGUUCGGUGGACACCAAUUGUCGAUCCGUCGUAUCCUUCAGCGAUCAUGUUCUGGGUAUGA